CACAACAAACAAACGAAAAGCGUUCUGUGAAAGUGUUGUUCGCUAAACUUAAGCAAAAAUUUAGAAAUCUAAGUGUAUUGCAACAAAAUUGAACCACGUGUUGCUAGAUUAAUCGAAAAGCUUUAUUUAAACGGACGUUGGGCGCCUUUCAGUAUGUUAAAAUUGAGUGCGAAGCCAGUGUGUGGGCAAGUUUAUGCAUUGGAAGCAUGAAAAAAGAAGAAUAAGAAAACGGGGGGAAGCGUUUGUGUUUUCGAUAGUGAAAAGUUUUUGGAUGCCGGAAUUUGAGGAUGCAAAUUUUAUUUUAGACUGUUUGUACUUUUUUCGUGACGAGUUCCGUGGAUAGUUUUUAGUUCUGAGGUAUCCUAAGGGAGUCGUACGAAGGCUCACGUUUUAUCGUCCGCUCGUGUUUCUUGGAAGUGGUCGUAGCACAUUUACUUAUUAAACUUUUUGAAAUAAAACAAUCAUGCCACAACGGAAAAAGUCCACCAGCACCGAAUCCAGUAGCGGCAGUUCGUCUGACUCCAGCUCCAGUGGGUCUGAUUCGGGAAGCUCGGGCGGAUCCGAUUCGGGAAGCUCGAGCAGUGAAAGUGAUUCCUCCAGCUCGAGGGAACCAUCGCCGCGUCCCUCUACCAGUAAUAAUGCAGCCGUUUCCGGGGCAACCAGUGGAAAUGCUGCAGUACCAAAAGCGAACGACAAAAUCGUAAGACGGCGAAGCUCCGAGAUAGGCAAUGCGGCAAACAAAGCGAACAGCAAACCGGACGCCACGAAGGACAAAUCAUCCCUUGCCCUGAAACAACAAAAACUCUCAAAAAGCUCCAUCUCGUCCAGUGACGAUGAUGACUCGGAGCCGGAAACGAACAAAGGGACAGCUGCUGCAUCGGCAGCUGCCACUACUGCGGCUAGCAAAAAGGCUCCAACAGCCGACACCACCAAGAAAAAGCCCAUCGCAGCGGUACAGGGCAAGGAGCGGGUUCCCGCACCGCCACCGAUCAGUGGAGGAAAGGUGCCCCCGUCCGUGAUCAAGCAGCAGCACCAACAGCAUCAUCAUCAAAACUCUACCCCGGCCACGAAAGGGGCGGUGAAGGCUAGCACGGUGGUAAAAAGUUUGCACAAGACCAACAAUAAUGGGGCCGGUACGGCAACGGGUGCUGUAAAGAAACCCACCCCAGGUACCGCUCAGUCAUCCUCGGCACCUGCUACCAAGGGUAAAAAGAAGAGCAUCUUCUCACCGGUCAAUUCGUCCGAAUCGGAGGUGGAAACAACGCCGGAAAAGUCCGACAUGCAGGAUAGACGUACGUCCAGCUCGAGCUCCACGAGCGGGAACGCCGCGUCGGGUGGUGGGACGGGCCCAGCGUCGUCCGAUUUGUCUGACAAAAAUCAACCUGGAGCAACGGGGAGUACCGCAACCAACACCACCACCUCAACAGCAGCCACCGCCGCUCUACAACGUGGUCGAGGCCGGCCACGGAAAGCAUCGCAGGUGGGAACGUUGAACAACGCUGUAUCGAAACCGAUCGGACAGGUGAAACCACAGACCAGUGGCACAAGCAGUGCCGCUAGCAAAGUGGCCAGUCCACCGUUGGCCAAAUCAAUGAAAUCCCCCAUCCGAGCGCUGUCGUCGGCCACGUCCAGCUCGAGCGAAUCGUCCUCCAGCGGAUCGUCCGACUCGGAAACGGAAUCAUCGGACGAUUCCUCACCAUCGAUCAGUGCGGCGGCCGCACAAAGCUACAAAAAGUCCAACAGCACCAUGAAGCGUGCGCUCGAACGAACGCCCCAAAAGAACGAUGCGAAGGAUGGCGGUGCGGCGGCGGCGGCGGCGGCCGGUUCGGACUCGGACCGGCAGACGCGAAAGCUGACCCGUUCCGCAAGCACGCGCAAAUCCAAACACCUGCUCGGCAAGAACGCCUCUGAGACGGACUCCGACGCGGACAGUGUGAAGCGGUCCGCGUCGAAAAGUCCGGCGAAGAAAGCGCCCACCGUUCCGUCGAAGGGCAAGGCAAAGAAUAACAUUGCCAACGCGCUGGCCAGCAAACGCACCGGCGACAAACCGCUCGCGAAGGAGCUGCCCAUCGAGGAGGCGCCGGUCGAGCGGCGCUGUCCGCUGGAAAGGUGUGACUCGCUCGGCCACAUGGGCGGACAGUUUGAGAAGCACUUUACGCUGGAGGCUUGCCCGCUCUACCACAACAUGACGGUCGAUCAAACGAAGCAGCUGCUGGUGGAGCGCAAGCAGCGCGAAGACGAACGGCGCCGGUCGAUUCCGGUGUACGAAAAUUCGAAAAAGAUCCAAACGCCCGAACAGAAGCUGUACGCGCAGAAGAUACGCGAUCUGCGGGCGCGCUUUAAACCCUCCUCGCCGACGCCGAUUGCCGAGCGGCCGAAACCGUUGCUCGAUCGGGACUGUAACGAAAUUAAGCCCGAACCUAACCUCGAGGGCAUCGUGCCGGACUACGAUCUGCAGCUGUUCCGCGAAGCGCAGGCACUGGCGAGCGAAAGUAUCGAGAAGGAGCUGGGCGAUAUGGUUACCGGGAAGGGCACGAAGUACAUUUCGAUGGGCCGGCACUGUAUGCAGGUGUGGUAUCAGUCGCCCUAUCCGGACGAUGCGACCCGGCUGCCGAAGCUGUAUCUGUGCGAGUUCUGUCUGCGGUAUCAAAAGUCCGAGGUGGGAAUGAAGCGCCAUGCGGCCAAAUGUGUCUGGCGGCAUCCGCCGGGCGAUGAGAUCUAUCGCAAGGGAAAGCUUGGCGUAUGGCAAGUGGAUGGCAAGCGACAUAAACAGUACUGUCAGCAUCUGUGCUUGCUGGCCAAAUUCUUCCUCGACCAUAAAACGUUGUACUACGACGUGGAACCGUUCCUGUUUUAUGUGAUGACGCUGGCGGAUAGUGACGGCUGCCAUACGGUGGGGUAUUUCAGUAAGGAGAAAAACUCGUUCCUCAACUACAACGUAUCGUGUAUCCUUACGCUACCGCCGUACCAGCGUAAGGGCUAUGGACGGUUGCUGAUCGACUUCAGUUAUUUGCUAACACGAGUGGAAGGCAAAAUAGGCUCCCCCGAAAAACCGCUUUCCGAUUUGGGUUUGAUAUCGUAUCGAUCGUAUUGGAAAGAUGUGUUGCUUGCCUAUUUAUGCUCCCGGCCUGGUACUACACUUAGCAUCAAAGAUAUCUCACAGGAAAUGGCGAUCAACUCUUAUGAUAUUGUCAGUACGCUUCAGGCUCUCGGUAUGAUGAAAUACUGGAAGGGAAAGCAUAUCAUACUAAAAAAGCUGGACGUUCUGGAUGAGUACGAGGAGCGUGUAAAGCGCCGCGGCAAUAUGCCUAAGAUCGAUCAAUCCUGCCUAAAGUGGACACCGUUCGUUGCUCCUACCCCAUCAACACCAUCAUCCUAGCGCCAACCACACAUGAAUAACGUUCAUGCGCUGUACAACAACACGGGCCAUUCUGCACCAGGAGCUAACAAUUGUUUGUCCAAAAACAGUUUUCGAGGCGUUUUCUAGAUCGGUUUGGUGCUUGUUUUGAGUAUCUUUAAAUUAUAAUUUCUUCAGGGGUUUUUUUUAAUUUUUAUUUUUUUUUUGCGUGUACAGUAAGUAAGGUACAUAGUUGGCUAGAGUAAUUUGAAGAAACGUACAUAAAAUCCUCGGUGUACAGAAUAUACUUAUUACAAGUUAGGUUUAAUGGAAAUCUUUGGCAAACAAUAAACUUUGCUAACUUAGAGAAGAGGUAGAAUGAAGAGAUAAUUGUAACAUAAAUAUAUCGUGGUAGAUUUACUUCGAGAAACUUAUUAUAUGAUCAUGCAGGUAGAUAACAGUAAUUACUUUACAUGUCUUCAAAUUUUAAUGUCUACACAUUGCAGUAUGACACUUUUAGAUAUUGUGUUAUUUAUGUCUAUUUUUUAUUUAAUUAGAAACGGAAAGCUAUAGGAUAAACUAAUUUUAAAUAAAUGUAUGUAAACAAAUAUGCUCAAUUGAAA